AUGACGACAAUUAAGGAGACUAAGAUCAAGUCCGUUGCGACUCCAGUAGAAAUAAGGGAUCGUUUCAGUCAAACCCCAGACAACCGUCCCAGCUCAAGCAAGCAGGCGGGCAUCUCAAUCAUUCAAUACGACCCCGCUCUCGAGUCCAUCAUCGGCCCCAGCCCAACCCACGCCCUCAUCCUCUCAUCCGCAGAAGCCUCAGCCAAUGCCUUCUUCCAUCGUGGAUGCGUUUAUGUCCCUUCCCGAAAUGAGCUCUGGACAACUUCAGCGCCUCUCGCGACUAGCGACCCCACACGGCUCCCCACGAUCCUCAUGUCCAAGGUCAUAGUCACGCGCAACAUAGCCAACGGCACUCUAACCGCAGAAUGGGCCAAGAUGCGCCCGCCACCAGUCAUGGCGAUGCCCGCGGGUGGUUGUAUAGUCGACAAUGACAUUACCGUGUGGUGUUCGCAGGGGACCAUGGCCUCGCAGACGGGAGGUGUCCUCUCCAUGCCGGCAGGUAGACCUCCUCAGCUGGUGGCUUCUACGUACUACGGCCACGACUUCAACUCCCCGCACAGCGCCGCCGUCUCAUCUCAGGACAACGGGAUCUGGUUCACGGAUCCAUGCUGUGGGCAUGAGCAGGAUUUCAGGGCUCGUCCUCAACUGCCGCCGCAGGUAUAUCGCUGCGAUCCGAAGACUGGAGAAGUGAGGGCUAUGGCCGACGGUUUCGCACGGCCAACUGGUAUCGCGAUUGACGAGCAAUCUUCGACUCUGUAUGUCGCGGAUGCCGGAGGUGUACGCGUCGAUGGCAGUCUCAACUUGACUGAACCGCGGAAUAUUUAUGCUUUCGAUAUCGUGAAUCGAAAUGAUUCUAUUUUCCUAGCCAACAGGCGGUUAUUCGCCCUUGCUAGGAGAGGUGCUCCCAUGCACCUCAUGUGUGAGGAGGGCAACGUAUGGGCUGCCUGUAGCGACGGCAUUGAGAUUUGGAACAGUGGUGGUUCAUUGCUUGGUGUGAUUACGGUGCCAGGUGGUGUCAUGAGCUUCUGCCGCGGCCCAGGUGAAUCAGUCUAUGUCUGUGCCGACCAGAGGUUAUGGAGGCUCCAGCGUUCCAGCGUCUGCGGGGAUCAAUCAGUUGCGAGCCCGGAAUUAAUCUAA